UGGAUAGAAGAAGAAAUUUCAUAAGCACCAUUCAUUGUAGAGAAGCCUGGAAAUGGUAACAAUACUGCAGCAGGGACGAUGCCAAGUGAAAAGUAGGACGCGUAAUCAAUCACGCGUCGCUGUUAAACCUAAGUGGCAAGAAACCCCACCGUCCGCCGUAUCACGUUUCCGAUUAAAAUAUGAUCAAAUCCCAACCGAAUAUCGAUCCUUCACGCUUUCUUCCAGACUGUAACUUUUCUCAUCAUCUUCAUCCCAGCUGCUCCCAAUGCACGACAAUCUGCAGUAGAAAAGCGAAAAGCCGCCGCCGAAGCAGAGGAGAAUGCAGUGUCCGCACCACGCGUUUCCGUACAACGGAACCCUCUGCGCGUGCAAUCCCGGCUACUUGUUCGACGCAGCUCGCCGGAACUGCUCUCUCUUUGGCGAUUGGGACUUCGUCGAGGUUGACUCCGGCGUUGACCACAAGUCCGUUAUCUCCCCCCGCGCCGGCGGUAUAUUUGAUUUCGACUCCAUCAGGAAGCUCACCGAGUCGCAGGCUGUGUUCAUUGAGGGCACCCUCAUUCUGGUCCUCUUCUGGCUCGUCUUCUGCUUCUUAGCUCGUAUAGCUCCGCUAGGUGACGGUCGCUCGCUCUGGUUCCAGCUCCGUUGGUGGAUUAGCCGCCUCGACGUCUGCUUCUCCACCCGCCAUUGGCUUGAGGAUCAGAAGGUGGUAAAGAAGAGAAAAACAGAGCUUGGCGGAACGUUCUCAAUCGCAAGCUGGAUACUUUUUAUUGGUUUAUUUACUGCGUUGCUUUACCAAAUUAUAGCCAAGAGAGCAAUUGAGGUGCAUAAUGUCAGAGCAACAAAUGCACCUGAUUUAGAAGUGUUCAUGAAUGAUAUUGAAUUUAAUAUUACUACCAUUUCAAGCAUGACAUGUGCACACUUACGAGGUCUUGAGACAGUUGCAAGUGGGAAUCCUGGGUUUCUUGACUAUAGAGUUGCUCCUCUCUCAACUUUUGCUAGCCAUUUAUGCAUAAACACCACAAAGGGACCAACCAUUAUCCUUAAAUGCACCGAUUGUCCACUCACACGGGACAAUGCCUUUAUCUCUUGGCAAUUCAUUGAUCUUCCUAAUGAUCCCGCAACUGCCAUUGGAUUUCAGUUUAACCUGACUGCAAAAAAUCCUGAAAAUAAGAAGCACAUGAGUUAUGUCAGUGGAUCUCUAAGAAAUGGAAGUAAUGUUGGCACCAAGGCAGUUACAUAUAGGGGGACAGUCUCAAAUAUGUUACAGUUCAAUAUUUUUCCUAGGAUUUAUCGGAACAUGGAUAAUUUGAGACUUGUCCAACCACUAUUUCAUGGAUUUCUCCCUGGAUCAUUUUUUGAUGAAGUGAAUCAACUACGGUCGUCACUCCAAAAUUCUAAUGAUGGCAUCAUCAACACAACAUUAUAUAUCAAUUUUCUGUCCUCAUAUGUUGUUGAGGUUGAGAAUGAAAAUAUUAUGGGACCUGUAAGCUUCCUCGCGGAUCUCGGUGGCCUUUAUUGUAUCAGCAUUGUUAUCUUCUUCUUCUUGCUGGCACAGUGUGAAAGCAGAAUCAAGAAACUACGUAAUGAAGACAGUGUGAUGCAAAGGAUUCGAAGUCGUAGAAGAGCCCAAGAUCACUGGGGCAAGGUAAGGAAGUAUGUGAUGUACACAUACUUGGGAUCAUUGGGAGAUAUCGAUAACAAUGUUAGAGAUGAUGGGUGUUGUACUGGUGUUGCAUUGCAUUAUAAGGGGUCAUUACACAAACAAAGAGGGAAAAGGGGAUUAAGUACCCUAAGUUUCAGCAAAAAGGAAAGAUUUCUGGGAAAUAAGCAAACCAUCCUGGAGGAGAAUGGUAUUCUUCAGAAGGGGGCACAUCCAACAUCUAACGAGGAAAAAAGCUCAUCCUUAAAUGCCCAACAGGAAGAUACUUUACCUCGUGUCAAAGAUGGAAAGCAUGACAGCAGUAUUCCCUUGCAACAUGCAUGUGGUGAUUUAGAUCUUCCAUCACUUCCUUCAUUAGAAUUUCAUGCUUCCGAGCAAAUGAGUUUGAGUCAUCUCCAGAGAAAUAUUGAAAAUCUUUAUAAAUACAAUGCCAUACUGAGAGAGAAGUUAAUUGCUGCACAGUUAACACUUAAUGCUCUAUCAGAACAAGAGUUGCCUUCAACAAGCAGCAGCCAUGGCAUCUCUGCACACAAAUGAUCAAGGUUGGCUUGAAGAUGCUCAUAGAGAAGGUAAAAAAAGAAUUUCUAAACUUUGAUGAUUGGCUGGGUUACUUGAGAAUUUGGUUCAGAAGCCAUAUGGUCAUUCAAAAAAAUGUACUGGGUAUGAUAUUUCUAAUAUUUGUUUACAUUCAUUGUUUAAUGUUGAUCCCCAAAAUCUUUUGGGACUAAGGCUUGGAAUCCUUGGAUGCUGUUGUUGUAUUGUUUAAUGUUGAUCAGCAUUGAGUUUCAGUUUGUACUUGGAAGAGCAGUAUUAUGCUCUGCACUUUAGUAGCUCAAAAAUACACUUGUAGAAGUAGACUAGGAUCUGUAGUAGAAUUUCUACAGAUGAAUUGCACAUACAUUUUGUAAAUUGAGUGGGAUUGAUCUUUGAUGAAUUCUUGGGAUUUGUGUUACUUCACGGCAUUGCUGUAAAAAAUCAGAAAAACUCUUGAUCACCU